AUGUCACACAGGAAUUCUUCCCAAACUACUCGCCGAUCUAAACUACGUCGCAAAACCCGCAAAUUUGCAAUCGGCCUAGCCCUAGGCCUGUUCAAAACGGCAACCCUCUACAUACUGUUGCGGCACCAGUUGGGCAUCAGUCGGAAGACCACGUGCAUUGCGGCCGCCAUUUUGGGCACUCUUUUCACCAUCCAGUCCUGCUGGAGUUCCAGCUUUCAGUGCGUAACUCUUCUGAUGGUGCCGCAAAUAUUGAGCAAACGUGGACGCGCCACAACUAUUGCCUAUGUCUUUGUGCUGGCCAUGAAUGGCCCCGCUAGGAAUACGAUAGCCAACGUGGACCGUCUUGGCAGGGCACUCAGCUGUAGUCAGGAUCGCUUGAAGUCAGCUAUGCACGACGCGUUGCAAGCCGUUAAGGUUCCCUUCUUGGCCAUGAAGAAAGCUAUCGGGGUGAUCCUCAGCGAAGUGGAGAAGGCGUUUAUGAAGAUUCAACGGAUUCUGAUACAGAUUAUGAGGCUCGUCAAACGCAUUUUGAGCUCCAUCAAAAGAGGUUUCAAUUGGCUUGGGAACAUAGCUGCGGUUUGCAACCAGAAGAAUGGAACACCGUUUGAUCAAUGUAUUCGAUCGCUUGAAUCGGCAGUGGAAGAUUGUAAGCAAAAACUUGGAGUCGUGGAUUUUAUGUGUGAAGUAACCCACGUGGCAAAGGUUGUCUGCUACAGCGUUAAGGUCGUCGACUACAUGUGUGAACUGAUUGAUUUCGUCAGCGAUCAGAUUGUAGAAACCAUUGAGAAGAAACUGCAAGAGUUCAUCCAUAAUAUCCAGGUGAUGUUCAGGGUGAAGGUCGACUUCGACCAUUCGUUCGAGUUCCAAACGAAUUUUUCGAGGAAUUACACGGAUAUUGUCAGCGCUAUCACUCAGGAGAUCAAUCACCGAAGUCGGUAUCUGUUCACACUGUUCAAUGUUUUUACGAUUGUUUCCAGUUUCUGUUUCAUUUGUGUUGUUAUUAGAUCAGUAAGAUACAAAAUGAAGUACCUAACCAAGGAUAGCUUCGACAACUUCUACAUCAGUCGGGACUUCAUUGCUAUCGAUGAACAUCGACGAUCGAUGAAUCGGGACACCGUACUUCCGCUGACACGUAAGGAGCGUAAUCGCUACAUACAUCUAACGUCGAUGUCCUUGAUUCGCAAGGAGAAGCUGCGCAUUGCGCGUAGUGCAGUCUUCCUGUUCAUUUCCUCGAUCCAUAUCCUGGGGCUGAUGGCGGCCGACUACUGUCUGUACUGGCUUCUGGCACUGAUUCGGCAUGUCUUUCUGAGGCAAGCGGACAUCGAACGACCUCCAAUGGUCACGUUGGAAGUUAGUGGUUCCGGCAUUAUCGCUGAUAUGUACCGAGGGAUCGUUGGAGCUUUCGAACCAAUGGUAAAACAUGCGGACAUUCUAGAUCCGGCACGGUGCGCACCGGAUCCAAAGACUCCCGACUUCAUUCGGUACUUGCAGAUCAGCUUGCUCUUGUUGUUUUGUUGGAUGUGUAUUGUGCUGGAACCAUAUGGUCUCCGUAUCCGUCAGAUAAUCAUGAGGGCCUAUUACCCCGAUAGGGCAAAGGAACGAGCCACCUGGUUGUACAAUGAUGUUCUGCUGAAAAGGGAGUCCUUCGUUAAGAUCCUACGGCGACAAUUGGGAUUAGGCUCCGGUGAUUCCAAGCCAAGAAAGUUGAUGGAUAUCUUCAGAGCAAAGACUAAUCUGUUCUGGAUUUGCCGCAAGAUAUUGGGAUCAAAUGGUGGUGGAAAGAAGUGUAUCUUCUGUAGCGAACGGAUAGCGGAGAACGAGGCGGUGAGUUGUCUACGACCUGGUUGCGUAGGAGUGUACUGCUACGAGUGUUUUGUGGAAAUUCAAAACCUUUGUACGAUUUGUUCCGAACCGAUGGAUUCCAGUGAUCAAAGUGACAUAUCAAUAGAAAGGUUUGAGUGAUUUUUUUUUCAACAUGAAUCUAUAUCUCUGUAUUAUUUUCUUUUAUUCUAGAGAUUCUUCUGAAGAAGAGAGUUACUUAUAAAGCGAAUCUCAAUGAAGCAUGCCUUACUCAAUGCAAAAUGACAUCGCGUAAUUCUAUUCUCAAACUGAUAAAGAACUG